AUGGCUCCGUCUCCACCACGGUUGCGGAUUCUUUCAGCACACUCGUUAUUUUCUACAUUUGUGUUUGUGUUUACGUUGUCACUUGUUUGGCCCUUUUUUGCGACCGGCCUCCCUCCAAUCCCUAAUGUCGAGAUGAAGGAUAAUUCUCUAAUCAAUGUGUGCGUAGUUGGUGGUAAUGCGGUAUCAGCUUUCCUCUCAUGGCGGCUCCAAGCCACCAAUGCAUGCGAUGUGACACUGGUCUGGAAAUCUGGAUUCGAUGCAGUUUACCAAUACGGGAUAUCAUUCAAGUCGACUUCAUUUGGCAACGAACGAUUCAAGCCCCGGCAUGUUGUGCGAGCCCCAGAAGAAGCGGCACAUGGCAAAGAGGGUGCCUUUGAUUAUGUUCUCCUCUGCGUGAAAGCUCUUCCAGAUGUCUACGACCUUGCGUCCGUCAUCGAAUCAGUCGUUACACCGCAACAUACAUGCAUUCUCGUCAACACCACGCAUACACUAGGUGUUGAGGCACAGCUGGAAGCUCGAUUCCCUAGCAAUGUCGUCUUGUCCCUCGUUUCCGGCGCAGAGAUCACACAAUUGGGGGCAAGUGAGUUCGAGCACAAGGGCUCUACUGAAAUCUGGGUCGGCCCGGCAAACGUGAAUCCUGAUAUGCCUGGAACCAUCCAAAAUGAUAUGGCAGAUGCGUUGGCCAUGACUCUCAGCAGUGGGCAAGUAGACUGUCACGUCUCUUCUAAUAUACGGCAGCAACAGUAUGAGCGUAUGAUCGGCCCAAUCGCAUUUCACCCCUUGAGUGUGAUAUUCGAAACUCCAUCACAUACUGCAUUACUCGAAAAGGUAGCGGUGAAGCCUUUGGUCUCCGAGAUAUUCGACGAACUCCUCAGUAUCGCUCAAGCACAAGAAUGCUCGUUUCCAUCUGAUUUCAAAGAAAAAGUCAUGGGGGAAAUGCUGCGACCCCUGGAGUCGAACAGCAUUAUGUACCAGGAUUUUGCCGCCAAACGGCCAAUGGAAGUUGAAACUUAUCUUGGGUCACCUAUCAAGCUUGCACAGAGUGUUGGUGUACGGGUCCCACGCAUUGAGACUCUAUACGCCAUCCUCCAUAAUUUGAACAUCGUUAACCAACAGAGGAAAGAUGUCGUGGUGGCUUCUCCAACAGUAGGAAAUCCACCUCCUCAAAGAUUAUCUUCUAUGCCACCGCCGCCUAGGCCUAUGAUGAACGGAGUCAAUGGCAAUGGAGCGCCUAGGGGGAGAGGCAGAGCACCAUCAAUGGGAGGUCCUCCACCAGGGAUGCGUAGAGGACCCCCGCCAAUGAAUGGCGGUCCACCUAAUGGUUAUGGAAGACCGGUGACGGGCAACGGAUAUCCCGCACCCAGAAAUCAGUCAAGAAGAGGUUCUCUGGACGGCGACCUCGAAGAAUUCAGUCACUUAGUUCUGUAUGAUGAUAUUCCAGAGUCCGGAGAAUCCAAUUAUGGGGGUGAUGGUACCGACAUGGGGAUGCGAGAAAGAGAAUUGAUGUUGAAGCAACGAGAGCUUGCGUUGAGGGAGCAGGAGAUGCGGAUGAGGAACCGCGGUGGCCCUGGGCCACGCAGAGGCCCACCCACACCUUCUAUACGCAAUGGGGGUUUUGAUGAUGAUGAUGAGGACGACUACUUUGACCCCGCAGAUGGACCUCCAGUUCCAGUGAUUGAUCCCGAUAAUUUCGAUAUGAUGAGCGUAACGUCUCGAAGGAACCGCAAGGCUCCAAUCCAAAACGCAAGCCAAUUUCGCAAGAACCCGGAAUUUGGUGAAGGUCCCCCACGACGAGGAGGCAAUGGCUUUAUGCGCCCUGGGGGUCCAAGAAACCGCUCCAGCGCCAGAUUAACAAGCCAAUUACCAGGUUUGCAUGACAACUUGAUGGAUGAUCCUCUAAUGGGUUACUCGUCAAAUCGAUAUGGCAUUGUGGACCGACAACAAAUGGGAAUUGAAUCGAGGACUAACUCAUUAACUACUGCACGUCUGGAUGAACUACAAUAUAAUGGUGGGCCACCGAAUGGUCAGCCUGGACCAUAUCCACGUAGAGCCAGUCAGUCACCUGGCAACCCGUACAGCCCUCAGAUGAGCAGAGGGGGAAGACCAUCGCCACCUAAUGGAUAUGGACCUUCUAUGAAUGGUCGACCUUCACCUCCGGGUGGAGUACGGCAACCCGUGCCGCGCCAUCCGCCAGGUCAAGGAAAUUCAGUUGCGCCGCAACAAGUUGAGCAAUAUGCUGGGGUGAGCGCCCUCCAUCCACCCAAAGGUCCUGUGAACGUUCGAAGUCUGACGGGUAGUGCGAGCGCUAGCGCGGGGAGUGGUGAUAGCGCAAAUAUAGAUUCCGAGCCUUCCGCUCACAGCAGCCAGAGCAGUCUGGGGCCACGACCUCCAAUGGGCGUACGGUAA